UUUUUGGGGUUGUUGCCCUUCCCUCCACACACACAACACACACAACAGAGAGUGAACAUGGUGAUCAAGGUUUUUAUUGCUACCCAGUCUGGAUCUACUGCAAUCAAGAAGAAACAGCAGGAUGUUAUGGGUUUCCUGGAGGCCAAUAAAAUAGAUUUUAAAGAGAUGGACAUAGCGGCAAACGAGGACAACAGGAUGUGGAUGCGAGAAAACGUCCCGGGGGAAAAGCGCCCACAGAAGGGCAACCCUCUCCCUCCUCAGAUCUUCAACGAUGCCCAGUAUUGUGGGGACUUUGAAGCUUUCUUCAAUGCCAAGGAAGACAAUGGAGUGUAUGGCUUUCUGCAUCUCACACCUCCUCCUGGUUCAAAGGAAGCCAAUCAGGCCGAAAUCCUUCAGAACGGCGAGACUCCAGGAGACCACACUCCAAACGCUGGCCCAGAGCAGCGCUCGUGUGUUCCUGAGGACGCUCAGCUUGAAGAAAAUAUUGAAAUGUUGCAUAAUCACAUUGAGCAGUCGACAGACGUAAAUGAGAACAUUGCGGAGAACGAAGGCCAGACCCUUGUGAACGGCAAAGAUUCUGACCCAACAGGCGAAGCGGAGGAGACUGGGGAGGAGGCUCUCAAAACUGAAGAGGAAGGGGAGCAGCCAGUGACAGAGGAAGCAGACAGUCCAGUAGAACAAGCACCAGUAGAACCUGCCCCGGGAACACUAUGAUCCCCACAACGGAAGAAAAUCAAGCCGCACCUCUCCUCUCCAGACAGCCUUACUUUCCCCUUCGAUGAGCACCCAUUUGGACAGAGGAAGGAACUUUCAUCGCCCAGUGCUCUUGCCAAUCUGAACCAUCAGUUACCACCCCCACCUACCCCUUAAGUUUUGAAUGAUUAGCUGCUGCUCUGAUUACAUUGAACGGAUGUUGUAGAGCACAUUUAGUGCCUUCUUUUUGUUGUUGUUGUUGUUGGUUUUCUGACGCUGAACUUAAAGCUUGGUUCAACUCGCUCUUUAAAGAGCUUCAAUCCUUCCUCCACUUUGGAGCCUUAAAUCAACAUUUUCUCCCAGUGAGUGCGAACAGGCAGACGGGCAGGGAGGGAGCGAGGGAGGGAGAGAGGGAGAGAAAGGGGGUGAACAAAAACAACGCCAAUGAUUUGUGAAACCUUGCCUCAUCUUUCUGAAUGAUGAGUUGCCUUUUAUUUGUGGCUUAUUUCUCUUUUCCUUUUUGCCAAGUCUUUCUUCCAUUGACAAUCGAUCACUGUGAAUGCUGGGAGAUUGUGGUCCCGGUAAAAUUAUGCUAUGAAUUGUUUUUUUUUAAAGAAAAAGCUUAAACAAA